AUGCGCCUGUUCGCACUUUCCAUUGGCUCGUUGCUGUGUGUGGCAGCGGUAGCUCAAAACAAAUCAACCUCAGCUCCACAUCGUUUACUCAAAGAACCUCCAAGAGAUUGUUCUGAUGCGCCAAACAAGGAUUUGAAACAUACAUGCUUAAUGAUGAGACAUAUGGAUCAAAUGGCUAGACGUAGAAUUGCCAGACAAGUCGCUCGUAAUGAGGUUGUCAACACUCCAGGAGGACCACCAGACUGGCUCAGACCUAUUGCUGUUCCACCUAAUGCACGUGGACAAGCUGCCUAUCAUCCAUUCGAUUGCAUGACGAUUGCUUGUCUUUGCCCCUUCUUCAGAGGUCAAAUGAGAAAUGGCAACUGUAUUCUUAGAAAUGGACGUCGUCUUGAUAUGGCUUACCGUAAGGAAUACCGUAUGAUGACCGAUCAAGAAAGACAAAGAUGGCAUAAUGCUUUGAACACUCUGAAACAGAAUGGACAGUACGAUACUCUCAGCAGACAACAUUUCGAAGUCGGAACUGGUUCUGGUGCUCACUCCGGUCCCGGAUUCCUUCCAUGGCAUCGUGAAUACCUCAAGAGAGUCGAAAUCUCAUUGAGAAUGGUUGAUCCAGGAGUUGCUAUUCCAUACUGGGACUCUGUUAUGGACAAUUAUCUUCCAGACCCAAGAGAUUCCAUCAUGUUCUCGAACAUGUUUGCCGGAGAAACUGACUUCUACGGAAAUGUUAUUCAAGGUCCUUUUGCUUACUGGCGUACACUUGAAGGACGUGCAACAAUCCUUCGUCAACUUGGCCGUGAAGGAUCACUCUUCAGUGAAAAUCAAGUCAACACCAUCAUUGCCCAGGAUAGAAUUGAAAACACUAUGGCUUAUACAGCUCCUCAACCUGGAUGUCCAUUCCCAAAUAACUAUGGAGCUGUUGAAUACUCUCACUCAAACAUUCAUCUCUGGAUUGGAGGAGACAUGAAACCACCCAGCACCUCAGCUAAUGAGCCAAUCUUCUUCAUGCACCACUCCUUUGUUGAUUACAUCUGGGAAUUAUGGCGUCAAAUUCGUCAACCAAGAUGGCUUCGUGAACAGGCUUAUGCUCCUGAUAACGGUUAUUGUGCUAACUGGCAGCACUUCAGUUAUGCUCCAAUGAGACCUUUCCCAUACCUCCAGAACCGUGAUGGAUUAUCCAACUCUUACACUGAUCAAAUGUAUCGUUAUGCCCCACGCCCAACAUGCUCUGCUCAAAGACCAAACUGUGGUUCACCAUAUCUCUUCUGUGAUACCAGAGGAUAUCCUCACUGUGUAGCCAAGAUCAAGAUGAAUGGAAGAUGCCAAGGGUUCGAAAACUUCGACGCUUGUUACCAAGGAAGAUGCUGGUGGGGUCGUUGUGUUCCAGCUGGAGGAAUGUUCCGCAUGCUCGGAAGUGUCACAAGCAAAAACUCUACAGCUAAGAGUCCAUUAGCCGAACUGCCAGAGACUGAAACAACCACAGUUCACCCAGUAGAAAUCGUCAAGAUGGAAGUGCCAUUGUUCUCAGAUUGCUACAACAGAAACCCAUGCUGUUCUGCUUGGGCAGAGAGUGGCGAGUGUUCCAAGACUCCAGAAUACAUGUCUCAAUACUGUGCCGCCAGUUGCGCCGUCUGCAAUCCCAGUUACAACGUCACUAAUGAAUGCGAUGAUCGUCACAUUCAAUGUCAAACAUGGAGUGAAUUAGGAAUGUGCAAAGGAGAGUCUGCCGAUUUCAUGUCUGAGAACUGUCGUAGUUCAUGUGGAAAGUGUGAUCUUAAAAAACACGACCAAUGCUUCGAUAACGAUAAGGUCAUUCCACUUCCAGCUUCAAAGCAUCUAAUCGAAUCAAUUCGUGAUUCAUUCGAACCAAAAGUUCAACGAGAAAUUGCUGCUGCCCGUAGAAAGCGAAGUGGAAACUUCCAUGCAGGAAAGAAAGUCAGCAGAAGCCAUGCCUAA